CUAUAUGACAUGAGUUUAGGUUUUUUAAAAUUGAUAUAAAACUUGGUCUCAAAUUCUAGCUUAAUUUUAAUUAAGUCUCAUUAUUAUUAUUGAAAAUUAAAAAUUUUUGGAAAAUAAAUUUGUAAAUAGAAUAGGUUUUUGAUUCUGUUUAUAAAUAUCCAAAUAGGUAAAUUAAAUUAUAAAUUAUUAAACGAAAUUUUCUUUUUAUUCAAAAAAACAAAGAAUAAAAAAAAAAGGACAGAGUUCUUUUUUUUUAUAGUUUAGCUAGAAGAGGAGAUUAUAUGAAAAAUUUAACCGAUUCUUUCGUUUACUUGGGUCACUGGCCAUCCGCCGGGAGUUUCGGGUUUAAUACCGAUAUUUUAGCAACAAAUCCAAUAAAUCUAAGUGUAGUCUUCGGUGUAUUGAUCUUUUUUGGAAAGGGAGUGUUAAAUGAUUUAUUAGAUAACCGAAAGCAGAGGAUAUUAAAUACUAUUCGAAAUUCAGAAGAACUACGUGAAGGAGCUAUUCAACAAUUAGAAAACGCCCGAGCUCGCCUGCGUAAAGUAGAAAUGGAGGCGGAUCAGUUUCGCGUAAAUGGAUACUCUGAAAUCGAACGAGAAAAAGUCAAUUUGAUUAAUUCAACUUCUAGGACUUUGAAACAAUUAGAAAAUUACAAAAACGAAACCAUUCUUUUUGAGCAACAAAGAACAAUUAAUCAAGUCCGUGAACGGGUUUUCCAACAAGCUUUACAGGGAGCUAUAGGAACCCUAAAUAGUUGUUUGAGUAAUGAGUUACAUUUACGUACUAUUAAUGCAAAUAUUGGUAUGUUUGGUACGAUGAAAGAAAUUACUGAUUAGCCCUUUCCUUACGAUUAUGAUAGGCAUUAUUUUUUUUUUCUUCUAAAAAAGAAUUAGGACAAUACUCAUGGUAACCAUUAAAGCCGAUGAAAUUAGUAAUAUUAUCCGUGAACGUAUUGAGCAAUAUAAUAGAGAAGUGACGAUUGUAAAUACCGGUACCGUACUUCAAGUGGGCGACGGCAUCGCUCGGAUUUAUGGUCUUGAUGAAGUAAUGGCAGGUGAAUUAGUAGAAUUUGAGGAGGGUACUAUAGGUAUUGCCCUUAAUUUAGAAUCAAAUAAUGUUGGUGUUGUAUUAAUGGGUGACGGUUUGAUGAUCCAAGAAGGAAGUUCAGUCAAAGCUACGGGAAAAAUUGCUCAGAUACCCGUGAGUGAGGCUUAUUUGGGGCGUGUUAUAAACGCCUUGGCUAACCCUAUUGAUGGUCGAGGUAAGAUUUCAGCUUCUGAAUCUCGGUUAAUUGAAUCUCCUGCCCCAGGUAUUAUUUCGAGACGUUCUGUAUAUGAGCCUCUUCAAACAGGACUUAUUGCUAUUGAUUCCAUGAUCCCUAUAGGACGCGGCCAGCGGGAAUUAAUUAUUGGUGACAGACAGACCGGUAAAACAGCAGUAGCCACAGAUACAAUUCUCAAUCAACAAGGUCAAAAUGUAAUAUGUGUUUAUGUGGCUAUUGGUCAAAAAGCUUCUUCCGUGGCUCAGGUAGUGACUAGUUUACAGGAACGAGGGGCAAUGGACUACACUAUUGUGGUAGCUGAAACGGCUGAUUCCCCAGCUACGUUACAAUACCUCGCGCCUUAUACAGGAGCAAAGCUACUCAGAAUCAAUUGGCAAGAGGUCAACGAUUGCGUGAGUUACUGAAACAAUCCCAAUCAGCCCCUCUCACAGUGGAAGAACAGAUAAUGACCAUUUAUACCGGAACAAAUGGUUAUCUGGAUGGAUUAGAAAUUGGACAAGUAAGAAAAUUUCUCGUUCAGCUACGCACUUAUUUAAAAACAAAUAAACCUGAGUUCCAAG